AUGUUUGGCUUUAUGAAAUCCCCUGCAAAUAAACCUCCUAAACAAAAUCCUUCAAACCUUUUUGAUUCUGAUACUGAAUCAGAUAAGGUAAACGCAAUUACACCUGCAAGAAGAACUUCUUCCGAACCAAUACUUGUUACUCCAAGCUCAAAAUCGAGCAAUUUUGAUGAUGACGAUUAUUUUGGGAGGGGUCCACCAUCUAAAAUCAAACAAAAGAAGGAUCUUGAAACCAUGUCUGUUCAAGAAUUGGAGAGUUAUGCUGUGAACCAGGCUGAGGAGACCACUAAAUCUGUAAAUAACUGUGUGAAGAUUGCAGAGGAUAUUAGACAGGAUGCCACUCGGACCCUUGAUACCUUGCAUCAACAGGGGGAGCAAAUCCAUAGGACCCAUGAGAUGGCUUUAGAUAUGGACCGUGACUUGAGCCGGGGGGAGAAAUUAUUGAAUAAUCUUGGGGGCAUGUUUUCCAAGCCUUGGAAACCAAAGAAGACAAGGAACAUCACAGGGCCGCUAACUUCAAAAGAUGAUAAUGACAAAGGAAAGCGAGCUAGGAAAGAGCAAAGGGAAAAGUUGGGUUUGGGUGGUGCACCUAAAGGUUCUCGUACACCUCCUCCCGAACCAACUAAUGCCAUGCAGCAAGUUGAGUUUGAGAAGGCAAAGCAAGAUGAUUCACUUUCAGACCUGAGCAAUAUAUUGGGUGACUUGAAGGGUAUGGCUGUCGACAUGGGAUCUGAACUUAACAGGCAGAACAAGUCCCUCGAUCAUCUUUCAGACGAUGUGGAUGAACUAAAUUCUCGAGUGAAAGCCCAAAGUCACCAUCAAAAUCGACAGCAGGUGGUGCACCACCCAAUCACCGCCCGAACCCCACCAUUCCCGCUGCCACCUCCAUCGAUGGAUGAUCACGAAAUUGAUCCAAGAUACGGUGUUGAGAAAAGAUUAGUCCCUUCUGGCCCUAAUCCUCUUCAUAACUGA